UCAUGUCUCCCAAUUCAAUAUUUUUAUAAUUCCUUCCUAGUUAUUCAUUCAUUCAUUUAUCCAUCUUUCAAAUAAUCUAUCUAGCUAGAUCAACUACGUACAAUAUAUAAUGAAACCACAUCACCACCCUAGCCACACCGCCCUCUUCGCCAUAACCGUGAUCAUCCUAGCUUCUAUGCUACGAUUUCAAUCCGUCUGGUGCCAGGCGGAUGCUCAGCCAUACGAAGAUUGUGACAAGGAGAUCGAGUGUGGAAAUGUGAAACUUGAGUACCCGUUUUGGGGGUUAGACCGCCCUGCUCAUUGUGGUCACCUCGGUUUCCAAGUAACUUGCCAAUCUGAUGUGCCCAUACUCGUUCACCAAUCAGUAAACUAUCGUGUCCUUAACGCAGAUAGCACCACAAAAAGGGUCACAGUCGCUAGAAAUGAUUUAUGGGACACCUUAUGCCCUCAAUACCUAUACAACACCACCUACGACACAAGUCUCUUCAACGAGAAUAAUUUUCGUCAAGAGAACGUGUCUCUUUUCUACGGAUGCAAUACUAGAUUACCCGGUCCAUCUGAGACGGGUUUUAGAUUUCCUUGUAUUGUUAAUCAAACCGAAAGUGAGAAUUAUUUCAUCAAAACUAGCUCCAUUAUCCCUGCCUUGCUCGAUAUGUUGGUUCAAUGUAACAGUUCCAUCACCGUACCUGUCAACGAAUCUUCGGCUGACAGAUUAGGAUUAGGCACUGCUACAACGGAUGAUUUGAAGGAGGCUUUGAAGGCUGGUUUCAAUCUAGGGUGGACAGCAAAUAACAACGAGUGUGAUCAGUGUCUUCAAACUCAGGGUCGAUGUGGGUCAAACGUGACUUCCCCCGAGUUGUUUGCUUGCCACUGUUCUAGUGGGUCUUUUUCGCGAACUUGUAAUAAUCGGAGCGCAAGUGAAGGUAGUUCAAAGAAUAACUCUCUAACUAUAGUCCUUCCUAUCGUUGGAGUAGUUAUCGCUUGCAUUGUCCUCGGAUGUGGAAUCUUAGUUUGCAGACGAAGAAGGAAAAGGCGCGAGAUGAAAGAAGCUUCCCCUUCUGCCCAAAACGAGACGAAAGCCAUCCUGACUAAGGUUUCGAGUUCUAAGUUCGACUCAAGCAUUCCCUCAUACCCAACAUCCAAAACACUCAAAAUAUCUACAGAAUAUACAAAAAGCUCUUAUUUUGGAGCCCAAGUUUUUUCUUAUGAAGAGCUAGAAGUUGCUACUGACAACUUCAAUGAUUCACGAGAACUUGGAGAUGGUGGUUUCGGAACUGUUUACUACGGUAAGCUUCUUGAUGGCCGAGAAGUUGCUGUGAAACGUUUAUACGAAAACAAUUUUAAACGAGUGGAGCAAUUCAUGAACGAAGUCCAAAUCUUGUCAAAGUUAGAACAUGAAAAUUUGGUGAAGUUAUAUGGUUGUACCUCAAAACGAAGUAAAGAGCUAGUUCUAGUUUAUGAAUACAUUCCCAAUGGGACAGUAGCAGAUCAUCUUCAUGGAAAACUAGCAAACUCAGGCUCAGAUUUGUUUUCAUGGUCUGUACGGCUCAACAUUGCCAUAGAAACAGCCGAGGCACUGGCUUAUCUUCACAAAUCAGACAUUAUUCACCGAGAUGUGAAAACCAAUAACAUUUUAUUAGAUAAGAGUUUCAAAGUCAAAGUGGCUGAUUUUGGGUUGUCAAGAUUGUUCCCAGACAAUGCUACACAUGUCUCGACCGCCCCACAAGGUACUCCGGGCUAUGUUGACCCUGAAUACUAUCAAUGUUAUCAUUUGACAGAUAAGAGUGAUGUUUAUAGCUUCGGGGUGGUUUUGAUUGAACUCAUUUCUUCUUUACAAGCCGUUGACACCAAUAGACAUAGGCAUGACAUAAACUUGGCUAAUAUGGCUGUGACCAAGAUUCAAAACCAUUCGUUAGAUGAAUUGGUUGACAAGAGUAUUGGGUUCGAGACAAACGGUUUGGUGAGGAGGAUGACCACCUUGGUGGCAGAGCUGGCUUUCCGGUGCUUGCAACAAGAGAAGGAUAUGAGGCCGACGAUGAAAGAAGUUGUAGAAAUUUUAAGAGGGAUUCAGGAUGAUCAGUUGAAUGCUCAAAAACCAGAAGUGCUUGAUAUUGUGGUGGACGAUGGCGGCCUGUCAAAUGAUCAUAGCACACAACCAUCAUCCUCGGAUUCUGGGGUUACUAACAAACAAGUAGGCAGCUCUGCACCAAAUUCUUCUGAUGGCUGAUCGAGCUCUCUUGUAGCGUGCUUCAUGGACUUAUUUCCUAUUAGGACAUGUACUGUUUUGUGAAAUUGUGAUACCAGAACACAUUAGGAGAUCUAUAGGGAAUGUAAAUAGUAAAAUUUUAGAGUUACCAGGAUCAUAAUCCUCUGUUUUCAGGACGUUUCUUUGAUUGUGGAGUUCAUUAUUAUAUGUAAUUCAUUCAUACAUAUUUUUUUAAUACAUUUGUAGU